CCUUAUCCUAAACAACCUUUUCCUUUUAUCCAAUCUGAAUCAGGGUUUGGUGCCUCGAAGACCAGAUCUGUCAACAAAGAACAAGUGCUUUAAAUCAACACUUUAAAAACACAAUUCAGAAUAUGAGAUUAACCCGUUUACAUAAACUGGGGUAAUCCCAAAUUAAUGUAAACUGACAUCACUCCAACACCACUGAGGGAGUGUUAACCACAGCAUCACAGAACCAUUCAGGUUGGAAAGACCUCUCAGAUCUCCAAGUCCAACCCCAGCCCACCUCCACCAUGCCCACCUCCCUCAGUGCCACAGCUCUCAAACACCUCCAGGGAUGGGGAUCCCAGCACUCUCCAGGCAGCUGCGCCAAAGCAUCACCACUCUUUGGAAAAGAAGUUUUUCCUAAUACCCACCAGAAGCUUUUGGUGGAGCUACCAUCAGGUGACCCGUGGUCUUUGCUUCUCUUCUCUCUCUGCUUGACCAAGCCAUAAACAGAGCUGUGCCAUUUAAACCAAAGAAAUGGAAACAUCACCAUUAUCUGAAAGCUACACAGGCAUGGCCUACCCAAUAAAGACACCCAGGUGUCAUUAGCAGGAUGCUCCCUUUGGAACUAACAGCUUCCACUCAGUUCCUGUCUACUUACAGAAUCAAAUAAUUCACUGUUGGAAGUUUUUUUUGCAAUUGAGACCAAAAUUGCCACUGAUUUCCCAGGUUUUCCAAAUUCACUUUAAAUAAUAAUAGUAUUAAUUGCCCUAUGAGCUACCACAGCUGUGCCUAAAAAACCUGAUAGAUAGGAAAGGUGAAAAACCCAUCGCCUGAUGCUUGCAGUUUUUGGCACUGUAGCCAAGCCUUGCCCAGUGCCUUCACACACAACAGGCCAAGUCAGAAGGAGUUAUUACUUUCCCUCUUUAACCCAGGGCAUUUCGUAUAACAUACCGAUCUGUUCUGGGUGGCCAGAACCAUCACCCUUUAAACAGAGUAGAAGAAAAUCGUUGUGAGGUUUCUGCUCUUUUUGGUUUUUUUAUGGGAGAUACCUACUGAGAGGAGGCAUGAGGAAAGAUCAACACUUGCACAAAGCAAAGAACCUCUCGGGAUGCUUUUGAAGAACGCCUUGGGCGCAAGGAGUUAAUCUUCUCCCGGAUUUACUGGUUAUCAGAAAGGCUGUUGUAAGAAAGUUCUUGAUCUGACACUCUUCUGCUGUCCCCUCCCUUCUUUGUUCUCUUCCUUCUUUCUCUGAUUACAUCCAAAAACAACACCCAGCUGCCAGAGGUCAAUGUUUAAUGCUGCUCUGUGUUUAUAUAGUCCCCGGGAGCAGCGCUGGGCCUUUCAGCACUGGGCAGCUCCACCAUGGCUCCCUGCUGGCGGCUGCUUCUUGCCUUCAGAAAAUACCUGGUCAUCAUCCUGGUGCCCCUUCUCUUCUUACCACUGCCUCUGGCUGUUCCUAGCAAGGAGGCUCAAUGUGGGUAUGUUAUCAUCCUGAUGGCACUGCUGUGGUGCACGGAAGCUUUGCCGUUGGCUGUCACAGCACUCCUUCCCGUCCUGCUCUUCCCAAUGAUGAACAUCAUGGAUUCAACAACAGUCUGCAGGGAGUAUCUGAAGGACAGCAAUAUGCUUUUUAUUGGGGGACUGCUGAUGGCCAUUGCUAUUGAGAACUGGAACCUACACAAGCGCGUUGCUCUGUGGGUCUUGCUCAUCACUGGUGUCAGACCAGCCCUCCUUCUGAUGGGCUUCAUGCUCGUGACUGCAUUCCUGUCCAUGUGGAUCAGCAACACAGCCACCACUGCCAUGAUGGUGCCCAUAGCACAGGCGGUUCUGGAUCAGUUGCACCAGUCAGGAAUGGGAUCUGAGGCACCCAACCAAGUGCUUGAGAAGGACAACAAGGCCUUUGAACUGCAGGAAGAGCCAACAAAAUCAAACAGCUUCAAAGAAACGGAGGAAAAAGGCAAUAACCACGUCCUGGCAGUUGAGGAAGGCAAAGAGAAAAGUGAACACCCUAUAGACGAGAAGCACAAGAAACUCUGCAAGGGAAUGUCUCUCUCAAUUUGUUACGCAGCCAGUAUUGGAGGGAUUGCAACUCUGACUGGGACAACACCAAAUCUGGUGCUGAAGGGACAAGUUGAUGAGAUCUUUCCCAACAAUGACAACGUCAUCAACUUUGCCUCUUGGUUCUCUUUUGCUUUUCCCACCAUGGUUCUGUUGCUGGUUUUGGCCUGGAUUUGGCUGCAAAUUCUGUACUUGGGCUUCAAUUUUCAGAAGAAUUUUGGUUGUGUGAGAGAUCCCUCUGCAAAGACCAAGGAGAAACAGGCCUAUCAAAUUAUCAAGGACGAGAACAAGAAAUUGGGGCCCAUGAAAUUUGCAGAGAUUGCAGUCCUGGUCCUCUUCAUCCUGCUGGUACUGCUCUGGUUUACAAGAGACCCUGGUUUCAUACCUGGCUGGGCAACAGUUCUCUUCAACAAAAAUGAUACGAGCUUUGUCACUGAUGCGACAGUUGCCAUCUUCAUUUCACUGCUGCUGUUCAUCAUCCCUUCCGAAUUCUCUAUCCAGAAGCAGACAGGCAGCAAGACAAAGAUCCGAGCACCUCCAGCUCUCCUGAACUGGAAAGUAGUUCACGAGAAAAUGCCAUGGAACAUCGUGCUCCUGCUGGGAGGUGGCUUUGCCUUGGCCAAAGGCAGUGAGGAAUCCGGUCUGUCCGGAUGGUUGGGUACCAAACUGACUCCUCUGGAGCAAAUCCCUCAUCCAGCCAUUGUGUUUGUGUUGUGUCUCCUUAUUGCUACUUUCACUGAGUGUGCCAGCAACGUGGCCACCACCACCCUCUUUCUCCCUAUCCUGGCUUCAAUGGCUCAAUCUAUCUGCCUCAAUCCACUCUACGUCAUGCUGCCCUGUACACUUUCAGCAUCGUUGGCAUUCAUGCUCCCAGUGGCCACCCCCCCCAACGCCAUUGUCUUCUCAUAUGGACAUCUCAAGGUUAUAGACAUGGCCAAAGCUGGAUUUGUACUCAACAUCUUGGGUGUUCUGACAAUAAAUCUGGCCAUCAACACCUGGGCUUCAUCCUUGUUCAAGCUGAAUACCUACCCAUCUUGGGCAAACUCAACGUAUUGUUAGUGACACAAGGGAACCAAGAACUGCACCUAUUAGGACCAUAACAUGAGCAAACCCAUCACUGACCCAAGCUUUGCUGAGGCAGUGGCUAAGAGACAGCUCUAUUCUGUGCAGAAGGACUUGCUAUCUAUGGGGAAGAUCAACCCAUUGAUAAGGUGAGGCCUUUCAACCUCCUGCCUUUCAGCUGUUCCAGGUGUCUUCAGACUUUCUGCCUCUGCAGGGGAGCAUUUUCUCCAAGUACUACACUGUUUUUCAGGCUCUGCAUGUAAAGUCUUAAACCUGCAGUGAAUGAGAAAGAACUGUGUAUAUAAAAGAGUGGAGAGAGACUCUGUGCACUGACUUCAUGCCUGUGUUUGUGUAUCAGCACUGAUGUGAAUAUUCACCUACAGGCACCAGUGUAUAUGUUCCAUAUGUACAUAAUGUUGUAUACUCUGUGGGCAAGAGAUAAAUCACUUGCUGUCAGCCUAUCCUAUGACUUUGAAAUGUAUAUAUUUACAGCCUACUCUGUUCUGAACGUAGAGGACUGCUUUUAUCCUGAAACAUCCAUCCCGUUGUUAUUUAAGCAGCAUUACAGUCUGCAAUGUCAUGGCAGGAAUAGAAAUAUUCCCCUGAGAAGGACCUUGUGUCCUAAAGUGUAUAUGAUUAAUUAAAGGCUGCUGUUUUUUAUGCUCAUGUACAAAUAUCACUGUAAAUAUACUUGU